AUGCUUAUGGCUGCAAAAGGAGAGCGAGUGCGUAGUGGAGUCUUUUUCCCUCCAUUUGUUAUAAUUCAGCAAUUCUGUUUUGCUGGUGUUGGUGCCUGCUGUUUUGGUUCUCGUAGCAGGAAAGCGGGGUAUAUUUAUUGUAAUUAUGUGCAAUCCUAUAGUUGUGAUGUAAGGAGGCGAAAGUUUAGGUAUUUGGUUUUGAUGGUAUAUUAAGCAAAUGUAUUCUCAAGACUUACAAUUUGCUUGGUACGCUACACCUGAUAAUGAAUACAGUACUGGACUCGGUUGUUUCCCUUAACACAGCUUUGCCUCGAAAGCGCCGAGAAAAGGUUCUCCGGUUCACUGGUGCAAUUUUGGAGCCGUACCGUUUUGGAUCCUGCCUGACUGUGACUGCCACCUAUUGGGCUCGUCAGGAAACUGUUCACUCAAUUGGCAGUCUUAAAUCUAAUAUAAAUAGGCACUUCCCCAUGUGUUGAACAAAUCCUCUCGUAGUCAUUACAGUUGUCUUUCAUAGGUGGUGAUCAAAAGUAUUCUAUUCAUUUUCUUGUAAGCUUUAGGUUACAGUACAGUAAAUGAUAGAAUAAGUUCAGAUCGACACACACAACUAUUCACAAUCUGACCAUUGAUUAUUAUUUUGGAAAUGGUUCUCUGUCAAUCAUGUUCACCUGUUCUAUCCUUGUUGAUCCUACACCAAAUGUCUUUAAUAGAAUAAAACACCAAGUAUAAAAUGGCUGGCAUUUUUGCAAGUUAGAUUAAAAAUGCUACAAAUUCUCAUGAUGUUUCCCUCUAGCUCACUCCUCUUAAAAAACAAAGCAAAACAAAAAACCUGCCUGAUAUCCAUGUUUGUUUUCAGCCAUUUGGCUGAAAUUUUUCAUUUGGCCUUGCUGCAAAUAUAUCUGCCAGGUUUUCAUAAUCCACAUUUUAUAAUGUAGUAAAUUUAGAAGAUUCAGACUCCUUGGAAUAGGUAUUUGAGUUUUGAAUCAGUGUGAUCCUAGCUUCCAACUGUGCUUUGGGUGUUUUCCAUUUUGGCCCUUAUAAGAAAUUAAUUCUCCCUGAUUGUCAGGGACUCAAAAGAAAGCUGUCCAAUUCAUGUUAUUUUCUGCAGAUUGAGGCUGCAAUUUGUUUUUUUUUAAAAAUGAUAUUUAUUGAGAUUUCAAAAACAAAAAAUUACAUAAAAGACAAUGAAAAAUAUAGAAAAAAAGAGAAAAAACAUACAAAAUGCAAAAUAUAGGGGGGAAAAAUAGAAAAAACACUUAGAAACAAAUUUAUCCUUUCGUAUCUUACAUUUCAUUUCCUUGCUUUCCUGACCUCCUCUCACCUCCCUUUUUUGUAUUCCGGUUCAAUUGGUUAAUUCAGCAAUUCCUUUCCCUCUUUGUUUUUGUCUUAGUCCUUUAACUUAAUAUAUUAUAGCUUUAAAUUCUCACCUAUUAACCAGCCAUUUUUCAUACACCUUUAUAACAUUGCUGCUAGAACCACUUAAUUUCAUUCUGACAUCAUUCUAACAUUCAUUAAUUUUACAAUAUUUCUGUAAAUAGUCUUUAAAUUUCUUCCAAUCUUCUUCCACCGACUCUUCACCCUGGUCUCGGAUUCUGCCAGUCAUUUCCGCCAAUUCCAUGUAGUCCAUCACCUUCAUCUGCCAUUCUUCCAGAGUGGGUAGAUCUUGUGUCUUCCAAUACUUUGCAAUAAGUAUUCUUGCUGCUGUUGUAGCAUACAUAAAGAAAGUUCUGUCCUUCUUUGGCACCAUUUGGCCGACCAUGCCCAGGAGAAAGGCCUCUGGUUUCUUCAGAAAGGUAUAUUUAAAUACCCUUUUCAUUUCAUUAUAAAUCAUCUCCCAGAAAGCCUUAAUCCUUGGGCACGUCCACCAAAGGUGAAAGAAUGUACCUUCAGUUUCUUUACAUUUCCAACAUUUAUUGUCGGGCAAAUGAUAGAUUUUUGCAAGCUUGACUGGUGUCAUGUACCACCUGUAUAUCAUUUUCAUAAUAUUCUCUCUUAAGGCAUUACAUGCCGUGAACUUCAUACCUGUGGUCCAUAACUGUUCCCAGUCAGCCAUCAUUAUGUUAUGUCCAACAUCUUGUGCCCAUUUAAUCAUAGCAGAUUUCACCGUUUCAUCCUGUGUAUUCCAUUUCAACAGCAAGUUAUACAUCUUUGACAAAAUCUUAGUUUUGGGUUCUAACAGUUCUGUUUCUAAUUUUGAUUUUUCCACCUGGAAGCCAAUUUUCUUGUCCAAAUUGUAUGCCUCCAUUAUCUGAUAAUAAUGAAGCCAGUCUCGCACUUUGUUUUUUAAUUUCUCAAAACUCUGCAAUUUCAAUCUAUCUCCCUCUUGUUCCAAAAUUUCCCAAUAUUUCGGCCAUUUAACCUCUAUAUUGAGCUUUUUCUGAGCCUUCGCUUCCAUCAGUGACAGCCACCUUGGGGUUUUAUUUUCCAAUAGGUCCAUAUAUCUUAUCUAAACAUUAAAUAAUGCUUUCCUGACAAUAUGGUUUUUAAAUGCUUUAUGUGCUUUGACCUUAUCAUACCACAAGUAUGCAUGCCAUCCAAAUACAUUAUUAAAACCUUCUAAAUCCAAAAUGUCUGCGUUUUCCAGAAGUAGCCAUUCUUUCAACCAGCAAAAAGCUGCUGAUUCAUAAUAAAGUUUAAGGUCUGGCAGGGCAAAUCCACCUCUUUCCUUUGCAUCUGUUAGUAUUUUAAAUUUUAUUCUAGGCUUCUUGCCCUGCCAGACAAAUCUAGAGAUAUCUCUCUGCCACUUCUUGAAACAGUCCAUUUUGUCCAAAAUUUGCAAUGUUUGAAACAGAAACAGCAUUCUAGGCAAUACAUUCAUUUUUAUAGCAGCGAUGCGGCCUAGCAGUGAAAGCUUUAGAUUUGACCAAAUUUCUAAGUCUUUUUUCACUUCAGUCCAACAUUUUUCAUAAUUGUCUUUAAAUAGAUUCCCAUUUUUAGCUGUCAUGUUAAUCCCCAGGUAUUUCACUUUCUUAACCACUGUUAAACCUGUCUCAUUCUAAAACCUCUCUUUCUCCAUCACAGUUAAGUUUUUCUCUAAAACCUUUGUUUUUAACUUAUUCAGUUUAAAUCCUGAAACCUGACCAAAUUCUUGAAUCAGUUCCAAAACCCUUUUAGUACUAGAUUCUGGCUUCUGUAACGUCAAUACUAAGUCAUCUGCAAAUGCUCUCAACUGCAAUUUGAAGCAAAUCCCAUUGAGAACAGAGUGGCUUCUGUGUAAACAUAAUGAGGGUCCGGCUGAUAGACAUGCAUCUUAGUAUGAACAGAAGCUCAUGCUUCUUUUGUUGUGAGUUUAGCUUUGUCAUUCUUGUAGCUCCCUGUGUGCAGUAGGUCAUUAGUUGGAAAUUGUCUGCGACUCCCAGCAGGAAAUACUGUGUGGUGGUUUUGGAGAGCUUUCAUACUGUUGACAUUGGCUAUAUUGCUGACAUCAGGCAGCCAGAGGAAGGCUGGCUAUUGCUAGUCUUGAAGUUCUUGUACUGAUUUUAUGUUAGGUAGUACUGUUUCUAAAUGAAAUCACAUAGUUAAAACUUAAUUAGUGGCUACUGCAUUUAUUGUGUAGUUGUAUAAAGACUUCUGGAUUUCAGAUGAAUCAGGGAAUGCCCCCCCCCCUUUAAAAUGAAGGUUUGCAAUUUUAUGACUGGAAUGUGUUCUAACUUUAAAUACCAAGUACUGUACUAUUAACUGGUAAAUGAUAUGAGAAUACUCCAAGUAAGUUAAAUCUAUAGAAAGAGAUGGAUAAAUUAAUUAGCUAUCUCCACAGUAUUUAUGUAUUAUAUUUAUAUGGCUCACAAAUAACUUAGAACUCAACAGUAAUAGAACUUAAUUAUGAAGACAAAGUCCUAAGCAGUUAUUCUAGUUCUAACCAAGGUUUCUUGUAAGCAACUCCCAUUUGUUUCAAUGAAGCCUUCAGAUAACUAUAAGUAAAUAAUACUGAACUCAUUGAGAGUUACUUCGGAGUAAAUAUACUAGAUGUUAUUAGAUUUCUUAUCAACACUUUACCAUAAAGUUCCAAGAUAGGUAAAAGAUUGUGCUGCAAACAGAUUUCAGAAUUCUUAGCACAUACCUAACUAUAAAUGGGACAGGAAUGCAUUGAUGUGGAUACUGGCAGCACAACGCAGUGCGUGUUUACUUGGAAGUAAGUUCCACUGCCUUAAGGGGGAUUUACUCCUAGGUGAGUGUGCAUAGUUCUGAGACUGUAAUAUUUUGCACUGAUAAGAACAAGCCUUGAUUAUUGUGUUGGGAUUUACUUGGAGUAAAAAUGCACAGGAUCAAAGGAAGGUGUCAGUGACUUAGAUGGUGGCACUCUUUGUGAUACUGAAUUUUGCCUGGUGUUCUGACUCGAAUGCUUCUUUCUUUCUUUCUUUCUUUUGAUCCUCAGAUCAUGUACAUAAAAGGGGACCUUUUUACGUGUCCUGGAACAGACUCCCUUGCUCACUGCAUCAGUGAGGAUUGUCACAUGAGUGCUGGCAUAGCUGCCAUUUUCAAGAAGAAGUUUGGUGGUGUUCAGGAGCUCUUGAACCAGAGUAAGUAGUUAAGGAAAAAUAAUGCCUAAUAUAUAAAAAAAAGAACCUAGGUUCUUAAUACAGUUGUACCUUGGAAGUCGAAUGGAAUCCAUUCUGGAAGUCCUUUCAACCUCCAAAAUGUUUGGAAACCAAAGUGCAGCUUCUGAUUGGCUGUGGGAAGCCAGAUCAAAUGAUAUAUUGCCUACUUUUUAUGCGCUUUAUGAAUAAAUGUGUUGAGAUGUGUUUUUGUUUGUAUGUAUAUGUAUGCAAGCACACAUUGGGGAGUAGGGUGUCAAACUGGGUCUUUGACCCAGGUGACAAAAAACCUAGUUUUGGCUCUGUUAAAGAUGUUCUAAUUUGUUUUAGAAAAGAAGACUGGAGAUGUGGCUGUUCUGCAGAGAGACAAUCGAUAUGUGUACUAUCUGGUAAGAGCAGGGCACAUGAUAAAGGUUUGGGUACAUGAACUGAUUUUAGCAGGGAGAUAUCUGUCUGUAUUAGUAUUUCUGCUUCUUCAUUUGUCAGUGAAAGAUAAAAACACCCUUAUCUUAAUGACCUAAUCUUGCUGCAAUGCAACUUCAUCAACAGCUUUCACUUACAUAGGCCUUUCAUUAAGAGUUCAAGUGCAAACUGUUGCAGAAAUUGAAGUUGCUGUUUGAGUGGUGUGUUAUUUAGUAAAUUUCAGAGUAGUCUGUACCAUCCAGUAUUCAGAUGAUCACAAACAAUACCUUUGCUUGAAAUCUUAUUUGAAAACACACAGUGAUUCAAGAAGUGGAUGUAUUCACAUUUGUGUUAUAUCUGUCUGGAGCUAAGUUGGCAACUGUGUUAAAUGCAAUUUAGCAUGAUAUAUUUCUUCCCUUUUAAAAUAUCUCUUUACAUAGACAAUUAGCUGUCUUAUCUUUUUGCUGUUAUACUAUGCUUCAUUAAGAGGUUCCUGGCGGUGUGAAAUUUGUUUGUUUAUUCAGUUGAAUCAUAUUCUCCAAAAACACUCAGGAGCUGAAAUAUUUGCUUCCUUGUUUGUAAAUUGCAUUUGUAAUACGAAGUAUGGCUGGAUUAUUCUGUCACAUUCUUUCAAAACAGCUAUUUACAAAUAGGUAUCAGCAGCAGUGGUUAAAAUUUUGUAACAAAAAAAAAAAGUCUUUUCAAAAUAUAACUUUGCAGGAGCCUUUAAAAAUAAAUAAAACAAACAUAAAUCAGAAUAUUUACCUGCAGAAUCUCAGUGUUUUUAACAUCGCAGGGACCAGGUUUUAAUGUGUGUGUGGCAGCUAUAAUGCCAUUUACACGUCCCACUGACACUGAUGCAAAUUGCAAGUACUUAAUUUUGAGACUGCAACCCAAAGGCCCAGAUUUUAGCAAAUUUUAACAUGUCUCAGUUCGCUAGUCCAAGCAGCCAAAUUAAUGAUCUAGAUUCAUGUGAUCUAUCAUUAGUAUCAACAGUAUUGGUUAGUAUCAACAGUAUUGGUUAAAAGUACCUAAUAAAUGAAUGAGGCAACACAAUCCUUUAAGUGUCUACUCAGAAUUAUAUCCCACUGAGAUCACUAGUCUCAGGUAAUUUUGUACAAGAUUUCAGCCUAAGACUGCAAUCCUAAAUAAGCUUACUAGACAGUGGGUCCUAUUGAAUUCAGUGCAACUUAUUCUGAGAAGGCACGUGUCACAUGGGAUGUAAAGAUGCCUAAUCAAAAGUAUUGCUAAUCUGCACUUAACCUUGCACUUGCUUUCAGAUUACAAAGAACAAAUACUUUCAUAAACCUACCUAUGGCAAUUUACAGAAGAGUCUGGAAGCUAUGAAACUCCACUGCAUGGAUAAUGGCGUAACUUGCAUUUCUAUGCCCAAGUAAGCAAAUUUGAUACUGGAAAAUUACUCCCACAUAUUUUGGAAUAUUCAUAUGAUACAUAUAUCUUAUAUAGUAAAAUUUUAUUAUUCUUUGGAAAAUUUCAAAUGCUUUAAAAUGUACAGUGGUACCUCAGGUUACAGACGCUUCAGGUUACAGACUCCAUUAACCCAGAAAUAGUACCUCAGGUUAAGAACUUUGCUUCAGGAUGAGAACAGAAAUAACGCAGCGGUGGCAGCGGGAGGCCCCAUUAGCUAAAGUGGUACCUGAGGUUAAGAACAGUUUCAGUUUAAGAACGGACCUCCAGAACAAAUUAAGUACGUAACCAGAGGUAUCACUGUAUUCUAUAUAUAUUUACAGAUGACAUAGGUGUGAAAGAAAUGACUUUUUCUACUUUGUUUAAGUUUACAAUCUAGAAAUUAUGGAGGAGAAAAUGAAUAUAUUUGAGGCCAACGUAUAACACUGUGUUUUGGAGCAGAUUUAUGCUUUUUGAGAAAACUCUGCUCUGACCACCUCUGAGUUGAUAAAAAUAUUGUGGAAAACGAUAGCAAUUGUCAGAACCAAAGUCCGGAGUAUUAUAUAGAUGAUAUGCUGAGAAAUCUAGACAUUAGUAAUAUUUAGAUGAUCCAAUAAUAUGUCUGUUUUAGCUUGCUAACUUUCUUGCAUUUGAGUACAUACUCUGCUGCAGUUUUGAGGGCAACUAGUUAUUGAUUUUAUUUUUUGUUGCAUGUGUAAAUGGACGUACAUCUUGUUCUGAUGUUUCAUUCAAAUCUUGAUUUGGUUAUUGUUCAGCGGACUUUGUGUUCUCUUUGCAUGCCUGUUCCCUCCCUCUCUUUUUAGUUUAUGGUGACCUCUAAACUGGGUGUAAGUACUUCCAGUUCAGAUUUGGAGACAUAAUAUGGUUUGCAAUAAUCAUAGUUUGCCUGAUAUGGAUGUUAUGGCAUACUAUCGUUACUGUAAAGCAGGAAGCAAGAGGAAGUCAAAGCAUGCAGAAAGAGGAGGAAAUGCAGCUGCACAUAGCAUAGCCCAUUCAUGAUGUCCUGACCAUGAUUUCUCCAUGACCUCAGAACUGGGCACCAAUUCAUGACUGACAGAUCUGGUGUAUUCAUUUUGUGAUGCUAUUUGUAUGUGAGACUAGUAAUAAUUCUAACUGACUUUGCUUGGGAGCAAUUACGAGUAUUUUGAUUAAACGUUAUGAUGAUUCUACAGACUAGCAAUUUUUAGGAUAUUUCUCAAGGGUGAAUUGGCAAGAAUGAAUGUGUGGGAAUACUUGGGCAUUCUUUAUCUUCCAGGAUUGGGUGCGGACUUGACCGCCUGGAUUGGAAUAAAGUUUCAACAGUGCUUGAAGAAGUAUUUGAGGAUACAGAUGUUAGCAUUACAGUUUAUUCCCUGUAA